CCCACCCUCUCUCCAGCCAACCGCACCCUAGUCAUGCCAUGGCUACCACACACACGUGACUAUCUGGCAGGGAUGGCUUUUGGCGAGUCUUUCGGUUACAGGCCUCUACCAGAGAUAUGGAAAACAUUUGCGUACUCCGGCACAAAACCAGACUCUGUACUUGACCAAGAUGAGCUCACGGUCAACACAACCUUCGAUGGCUACGAAGACAUAGAGUCGUCGAGAUUAUACAUUGCGAGUCGGAGUGUGGAUUUGGAAUAUCCAUUCUUCUACUACGAGCUGUACGUCGAAUCGCUCUUCUGUGGUAAUGGUGCAAGGUGAGCA